AUGCGAAAUGUCUCCUGCAUGUGCAACCCUACAGAAUUAAAGCGACAUAUACAACAUUUCGUUCACCGCAUGCAAUUCUCAGGUUACAGCCUUCAAAAUGGGACAAAAACGCAAAACAUCAACACAGGUGAUACAAAAAAGGGGACAACAAAACAUCCAGAUAGACGAUACAAAGAAAACAAGGAUGGGUCACUCAGAGUUUUCUUUCCUCAGUCGAGUUCCAGAUUAUCUUUGCAAUUUCGGCUGGUUAUACUUGAGAUUACUCCAAUCAGACCAGCCCCAAGGAAAAAAACUAAGCUAAGAGCAUUAGAUUCCUUGGAAGAAAGCAGUGAAUGUAUACGAAAACAUCCUUACAUUCUUUUAUAUUUUCUCAGGCAUGGUAACAAGGAGGUGUUUUCUUGCAAAGGGAUUAAGUAUGCUGUUGAUUAUUUCAAAAAAAGAGGACAUAAGAAAAUUGUGGUUUUUGUGCCACAUUGGCGCAAAGAGGCUUCACGAAAAGAUGCACCAAUCAUUGAUCAAGAAAUUCUCACUGAACUGGAGAAGGAAAGAAUUUUGAUAUUUACCCCAGCUCGAAUGAUCAAAGGAAAAAGAGUGGCUUGCUAUGAUGACCGCUACAUUCUAAAAGUAGCUGAUGAGAAUAACGGCAUUGUUGUCUCCAAUGAUAAUUAUCGUGACCUGCUUAAUGAGAACAAUGGCUUCAAGAAGGUUGUAGAAGAACGCUUGCUCAUGUAUUCUUUUGUUGAGGACAAAUUCAUGCCACCUGAUGACCCACUUGGACGCCAUGGUCCUAGCUUGGAUAAUUUUCUACGGAAGACACCAACUGCUCCAGAAACAUUACCACCAAACUGUCCAUAUGGCAAAAAGUGCACAUAUGGUAACAAAUGCAAGUUUUACCAUCCAGAACGUGGCAAUAUGCCACACAAGACUGUGACAGAGAAAUUAGCUGAACAAUACAAGCAGCAGGAGAAAGUUUUGGAAGCUGAGAAAAACAAGAUGCAGCUAAAAAGUAAAGGGAAAAGCCCUCUUUCAAGAAGUAAAUCACGCUAUGCUGAUGGUGGGGAUGUACCACAAUUAUCUGCUGAAGAACAGGAAGAGAAACAACGUCUAGCUAAAGAAUACAAUGAGAAACUGGAUAGAUCCAGAAGAGAGAUUACACGUUUCACUGAACAGACUGAAGCUAAAGAGAAAGCUGCUGCAAACAAAAAUAUUUCAGAAGUUCAUUUGUCACAGCACUCACUUUCUAACUUGGAUUCUGGUAACCAAGGUAACAAAGCAGUUCAUUUUGAAAUGUUCAACAGCCCAUCAUUGGACAAAUUUAAUAAGUCAACAAAACAUCAACAAGAAUUUUCAACUUGUGAUCAUUUAGACAUAAACAGAGCACAUAGCCUUCCAGCUCAAAUUCAAAGUGAAAACUUUGUCUCUGGCCAUUUACAAUUAGCCAAAAGCUUAUCUGGUGAGGAAAUUGAGGCAAAGAAAAAGACCCAAAACUCUCCACAGUCUAGUCCUCAACAUCCACCAUUGUGCCGACAGUCAUCAGUUUAUGUUGAUACAGAACAUCAUAUCAAAGCAAACCCUAGUAUGACGCACAAACUUCCUACAUGUAACCAGUUUGUCCAGGACAUGUUACCUAAUCUCUUUCAAAAUCACCAAGGAGACUGCAUUUUCAUACCUGAUACAAUGUCACCAUCUUACUCCUACACUGGUUGUGAAAGCUUUAGUUUCCCUUCUACAUCAUAUCCCUAUGGAGUUUCAGACAAGAUGAUUCUUGGCCAAGCCUUCACACCAAGUGUUACUCGACAGAUUAGUCUGCCAAACACUCGGGGACAAGAACGUUACUCACCUUCAUAUCAAGUUCAAGUACCUGACAAAGGACAGCAAGGGUUUUAUGAGACAAUUCCAAGCUCUCCAAGCUGUUUGUCUCCAGCGUAUUCAUGCUCAGUGACAAGCAAUAACAAUGUAUCAUUCCCAUCAUUUAUAAUGCCACAACAGUUGAAAGUGCUACCUCCUGCCAGACGUUUUUACUCACCUUCAUGUUACACCCCCACUCAACAACAAAGCUUACCACAGCAACAUAUGCAACAGCAACAACAAAAUCCUGUAAUGUCCCCUGUGAUGUCUACAGCUUCAUGGCCGCUUGAUAACACAAGCUACUCUGAUAUGUUGGUUCAUCCAACUAUGGGCCAAAUUCAUCCCAGGUACAGCAAAUGAGUAUCUAAUAUAACAGCAUUCAGUUAAAUUCCUAAGGAUUGUAACUGCUAAAAAUAAUGAAUUGUAAAUUCACAUAACUUGCUCAAGCUUCCAUAAUGUAUACACUGUCCAGUUCUGGAAUUAAAAUUGUAGCCAAUUCUUUUGGCAAAUCUCUUUUAUAUGAUACUAACUGUAAAUGUUUUCUUACUGUGUGGAAUUUUUAUAUUUCUCUUUCAAUCCCUGUUUUGAACAAUUUGUUACAUAGUGAACACUUUUACUUUGAUGAACAAGCAUGUUAUUAGUAUGUGCAGGGAGGAUGUAUAAAUAUAUCUGUGUUUACAUGUAAAUGCACUCUCUCACAGACAUCAUUUGUUGAUAAGAUUAGACCAUCAACUGUGAAGGUCAAAUCUUACAUUAUUUGUGAGUAUUAUAUAUAUGUAUUUCAUUUCCAUUGCUCAUUUCAUUUGAGGACCACAUAUCAGAGUGUAUUAGUGAGAGAACAGUAGUUGAGAGUUUAUAAGAAGCAAUGGAGAAAACUUUGCUUGGUUUUCAGAAUUAUCUUUAUCUUUUACUUGUUUCAGUCAUUAGACUGCAACCAUGCUGGGACACUGCCUUGAAGAAUUUUUUAGUCAAGUAAAUUCACCCCAGUUCUUAUUUUUUUUAAAGCUUGAUACUUAUUCUAUUGAUCUCUUUUACUGAGCCAAUAAGUUAUUGAGAUGUAAACACACCAACACCAGUUGUCAAGUGAUGGUGGGAGACAACACAGGAUACAAAGAUACACACACAUACAUAUUCUGCAUAUUACUAUGUUUACCUCUGACUCAUCCUAAUCUUAAUUUGUGUAACCAUAGGUCUUCUAUUUAUAAUCUUUUUUCCCUGAUUUCUCUGCUUUCCCUCUGUCACUUUAUUUCUGUCAUGGCUCUGAAAGGUGCAGUUUUUCUGUCCUUUCUUAUUCACAAUGCGGUCACCCAUUCCUGCUGUGACCACCUAUGCUGGAAAUUUCUCCUCUGUACCAGAAAGCUCUCGUAGCUCUGCUCUCACCACCAGUACUGGAUGUCUCUCCUCUCUACCAGAAAGUUCUCAUGACUUCCUCUAUCAGUAGUCUCAUCCACAUUAUUGCAUGCAUCAAAAUGAGACUGCAUUACUUGAUAGUCAAUUAACAAACUACCUAUUUCCUUUCUCUCUACUUAUAAUGAAUGAACCAAUUAGCUGUUUUAUUUAUUUUAAUUAUUUAUCUAUUUAUGUUUGCAUCAAUAGUGCUUAUAUUAACAAUGCUUGUAUUACACUCAGUUCCAAUAGAGGCAGCAAUUUUUACAUGAAUGAGUGAUGAUAGAUUAAUGCGAGGACAACUAAUAUGACAUGUCUUUGGUAAUGUUCAUGGAAACCUCCUUUUCAGAUGCUGACUGUCAUCUCCCCUUCCCAUUAUCCCCCCUUCAUCUCUUUUCACUUCCUCAGAGUUGACAUUGUCAAUGUAGGCACAUUGAAAUGUAGGUCUGGCGAGAUUGUUGAGAUGCUUGAAUAGAAACGUGUUGAUGCAUGUUGCAUUCUAGAAAUAAGGUGGAGGGAAGCUUCAGCCAGGUUCCUCAUAGGCAAGAAACAUAGGUAUAAAAUUUUGUGGGUAGGUAACAGUGAUGAAGUAGGUGGUAUGGGCAUACUUCUUGCUGAGAAAUGGGUUAAGAUCAUUGAGAUAAUCAGAGUGAGUGCUAGAGUACUUAAAUCUAGGCUAGUUUUGCAGAGUAGUGCAACAAUUAUCUCUGCCUGUGCCCCCCAACUGGGUCUGCCAAAUGAACAAAAGGACUGCUUUUAUUAUAUUCUUCUGCAAGCUACCUCAAAGACAUAUGACAGUAACCUCAUCUUCAUGGCUGGUGAUUUCAAUGGACAAGUUGGGCAGCACCCAGGUAUCCACCAUGAGAUUUACAGGGCCAUGGAAUUGGUUGUCAAAAUGAGGAGGGAACAAGGGUACUGGAGUUCUGUGAUGUGAAUAACCUGCAACACCAACUUCAAAAAGCCACCAUGCUAGCUAGAUUGAUUAUAUUCUCACCUGAAAGCGAAGUACAUGGUUGCUCAUAAGUGCAAAGGCCUUUCCUGGGGAAGAAUAUACCAACCCCAUCAGCAUAGAUUAGUCAUGAACGACUAGACUUCAGACUAGGCUAGAAGGAUUCUAAGACGCAGAUCAAUCUGGAAAAGAGGGAUUUGGAAGCUUAAGGAUCCUUUAAAUGGUCAGAGAUUUAGGGACACUCUAAUUGAGAAAUUUAGUGAGAAGGAGGAGGAACUACAGACUUGUAACAUAGAGAGCAACUGAAAGUUCCUGAGUGCCACAGACCAAAUGUGUGGCUGGUGCGAAGUCCCAACCAGACCUAGGGUGACGUGGUGGAAUAAUAUUGAAGACAAGGCCAUUAGAGCAAAGAAACAAAUCUGGAAGGACUGAAAGAAUGAUGGUAGCAGAGAACUAUAUCUCUGUAGCUAGGUGGGAGGCUAGAAGACAGGUUUACUUAGCUAGGGGAGAAGCAGAAAGGAAGUUUGUCAAUGUUCUAUGAUAUGAGGACCAAAAGCUUCAAGUGUUUCGGAUUGCAUGACAGUGUGUUUGCAUGGAUGAUGGCUCACUUGCAGUUGGUGAUUCUGCAAAGAAGGAGGCUUGGAAGUGCCACUUUGAAAGGUUGCUAAAUGUAGAGAAUGCAUGAGAGAAGAGGCCUAACAGAAGGUCACCUGAAUCAACAGUAUCUUAGAUAAGCAAUUAAGGAUAUGAAGAGAGGGAAAGCCCCCAGCCCAUGAGGAAUCACCACUUACAUACUUAAGAUAUCUGGCAGAGCAGCAUUAUAGUUAACUGCUACAAAGGCAAAAGUGAUGCCCUAUACAGAAGCAUCAGAUUGCUGGACCAGGUGCUCAUAGUUGUAGAAAUGGUUAUAGAUCAAUUAAUUAGGAAGAGAGUUAGCAUAGAUGCAGGAGAAAUACUUGGCCAAAAAAUAACGCUCUUGUAUCUAUUUGUUGACAUAGAGAAAGCUUUUGACAGGGUUACAUACUUCCUUAUUUGAUGGACAAUGUGGAAGCUGAGGAUAGAUGAGUAGUUGGUGAGAACUGUCCAGGCCAUGUACAGAGAUGCUGUCAGAAAAGGUGUCAAGAGAAACUCCAUACGGUGUACCCAGUGCAAGUUAUGGACACAUAAGAGGUGCAGUGGUAUCGCGAGAUGACUAACAGAAAAAGUAGUCUUUAUAUGCAAGUACAUUAAACACCAGGAAUGUAUAAAAAGUAGACUCCCUCAAAUGUCAGGGGGGAUCCUUAGAAGUAGUAGGCAGUUUCUGUUACUUAGGUGACCAAAUUAGUAGUGGUGGGGGUUGUUCUGAAAGCAUAGCUGUUAGAAUAAGAAUAAGCUGGGCAAAGUUCAGAGAGCUACUACUUCUGUUAGUAAUGAAGAGCCUCUCCCUUAGAGUGAAAGGCAGAGUGUAUGACUGUGUAUGAACCGCUAUGCUACAUGGCUGUGAGACUGAAAAUAUGCAAAAGUUUCAAAGAAAUGAAGCCAGUAUGCUCCACUUGAUGGGCAAUGUCAGUGCGCAUAUAUGACAGUGUAACUGAUUUGAGAGAAAAACUGGGAAGACAAGGCAUCAAACGCAGUGUGCAAGAGAGAAGGCUGCACUGGUACUGUCAUUUAAUGUGUAUGAAUGAAGAAAGUUGCAUCAAGAGGUGCUAAUCUCUAAUUGUAGAGGGAACAUGUAGAAGGGGUAGCCCCAGGAAGACGUUGGAUGAAGUGAUGAGAAAGGAUCUACAGACAUUGGGACUCACAGUGGGGAUGACAGGGGACCAAGAUUCUUGGCAGUUUGCUGUGCUUGAGAAGACAUGUCAAGCUAAGUAAGUGUGGAUGUCCUUGCAUACAAGCAUGUCCCCUGCUUCCCUCUCCUAGUGAGCAUUCUUAAUCUUGUGGGCUUAUGGGUUCUGGUGCCACAUAAACACACCUGUGCAAGUGUUGCAUGGCAGUACCCAAUAUACUGUAAAGUGGCUGGCGUUAGGAAGGGCAUCCAGUUGUAGAAACCAUGCUGAAACAGACGGGGAGCUUGGGCAGCUCUUCAGCUGACCAGCUCUUGUUAAACCAACCAACCUAUGCCAGCAUGGAAAACUGACAUUAAAUGAUGAUCAUCCUCAUAUAUAUAUGACAGGCUUCUUUCGGUUUCUGUGUACCAAAUCCACUCACAGGGCUUUGGUCAGCCUGAGGAUAUAGUAGACACUUACCCAGGUACCAUACAGUGAGACUGAACAUGGAACCAUAUUUUUGGGAAGCAAGCUUGUUAUCACACAGCCAUGUCUGCAUCUGUCAUUUGUUCAAUUAUAUUGGACAAGUUACACAUUGAUGUAAAACAUUUGUGAAACACAAUACAUUCUGUUAAAGUUUGUCUGAGGCUAGAGUUUUUAUAAUAAUUAUUGAUUAUAUUUUUGAAAAUGCACAACAGCCAUCCUGUUUGGUGGAGAGGAUUAGUUGAGCAGAUCAACUGGGGCUAUUUUAUUAAUCACACAAGAAAAAGAAUAUGUCAUCUACAGGAGUAUACAAAUACAGAAUCAAGACAAAUUAAUUAGGAAAGUAAUUUGCUUUUGUAAUUAUUAACAACCUCAAUGGCUGGAUGAUGUAUUUUUCUUGGGUGUUUUCUUUGUUUUUCUUCAAUCUGCCAUCAGAAAAUGUAAAGCAUAUAUUUUGAUUCUUAGAUCAAAACAAUCACAUAUCAAUAUGUGUGUGCGUCUUCUCAAUUACAAGACAGAUAAUAUUCCAGUUGUUCAAUCAAUAUAAUUGCCUUCUAUUGAAUUAUAAUGUAGCAGAAUAUUCUAUUUGUAUCUUACAUUUUAUAUAUAAUACUGAGGUGGUUAUAUGUGACAGGUUUAAUAUUGAAUACUUAAAACAUACAUAAAAUAAGUGAGUUCUUGUAUAUAAUGUAUAUAUGGUGUAUAUGUGUAUGCGUGCAAGUGCACACACACACACACACUUGUCCACCCACCCAAAUAUGUUCACUUCCUAACUAUGCAGUUUCAGUUCCAAUCUCAUUAUACAAAUCUUUAGGCAAGGAGACUUCUAUUAUAGCUUCAGAUCAUUCAACACUGUGUUGAAACUUGUUGGAAACUUGAAGAAAGCCUGCUGUAUACAUGCGGGUGUUUGUAUAAAUUUUAAUUCAGUACGUUGUCAUUUGCAACUUGUGAAUAAAAAAGUUUACUUACUCCAGUAAACAAAUACUCUGUAGUUCAGUAGAUUGGUGGAAAGAAAACUAACUUUGAAAACAAGUAAGAGAUGGCAACAGGAUGACUAUCUGGCUGAAGAAGAUUUGCCUCAAUGAAAGAUUUGCAUUCCAGCAUGGGAAAAUGAUUGUAAAAAUAACGAUUAUGACAUAUAGAUCUGUGUAUUUACGACUGUGUAUGCCUAUGUGUGUGUGUGUGUGAAUUCAUUUGUUUUGACAUCUGUUUUUCCAUGUUAGCAUAAGUUACACAAAUAUACUAUUGAAGCAUUGAUUUACUGGUUAAUGCCCUCCCUGUCACUAACACUUCAAGUAAGGGAUCACAUAUUUCACACAUUUUUGAAGGUGCAAAACCAGGAGAUGAUUUAUUGAUAGACAAAAUGAUUACAUCACUGUUUGUAGUAAGUAGUUUUCAGAGAAGUGCAAAUGUAAUCAGACACAGAGGCAUGCAGUUACACAUACACAGGAUCAUGCACACACAAUUACAAUGAGAGAAGGAGAGAGUCUCCAUCCACCAAAUCCACUCACAAGGCUUUAGAUAGAGGCUGUAUUAGAAGACACUUACAGAGUGUUGUGGAACCUGAAACAACGUGGUUAGAAGAUGAAUUUUUCAAGCAUGUGUAUGUGUAGUAGGAAUAUUGGCAGAGUCCCAAACACCACCUUACUGCCUAAGAAUUGGUCCUAAAAUCACUGUUUAGACAUGAAAGUAAUUGCAAACACCAAACCAGGUGUGCCCAGGGAUGGAUGAUGUUGGCAAGCAACAAACCAUUUGAGUCCCUGGUAAACACACUCAGAACUUGUUUUUAUCUGUAGCUUAGCUAACCUUCAAAGUUGUAGUAAUAACCUAACCAUUUCUGAGUAUACAACAUAUUGGAAUAUCAAUAAAAUAAUUUUGUUUUUGGUGCCAUUUCUUUGACAGAUCAUUGGGUAUAUAUAGAUGAUUUGUUUGAGUAUAUGUAGAUGAUUUGUCAGACCAUUGGGUAAAUGUAGAUGGUUUGUCUGAUGGGUAUAUGUAGCUGUAUUAACUAGAGGUCUUAACACAGUGAAAGCUUAUGUGCGGGAACAUACACCAUUCACUUCAGCUAUGAUAUUUGAUGACUUCAACAACAUAUUAUCAUUUCUGACAUAUACAUUUUGCAUGGACAUACUGAGACUAACUCACCAGGUGUAAAUAUUUUCUGAUGUUUAUCACAAUGACAAAAUUUUUUUCUAAUGAUUAAUAAAUAUUUUUGUGCUUGAA